UAAAGUUUGGAAUGCGAUAACCGGAGAGGAACUAGUGACAUUUCAACAUAAACACAUUGUUAAAACAGUGGAUUUUUCUGAGGUAAGAUUUCUUCCCUUUUGCAUCUUUUUGUGGUAAUGCCAGUGUCAUUUAAUAGGCGAUUCUUUAUUAACCAUUAUGCUGCAAUGCGCCCAAAUGAAAUGCACCUGACUUUAUUAAUUUACCCUGUCUAACACCAGCACUAAUAAUUUGGGUUAAUUAUUGGGGUUGUCAUAAGACUCAACAAAAGCAUGAUAAUUAUUUUCUAGGAUUGUACACAACUUUUGACAGGAAGCAAUGAGAAAGUUUUAAGAUUAUUUGACCUGAAUAAUACUGAUUCAGGUAAGGUGAAUUAGGUUUUGAUCAAAAUUUCCUUUCCAAUGUAUCAUACAUGAUACAUUAAUGUCUAUAUUAACUCAUUUAGAUCCACAGCUCCUAACUGGCCACAAAGGAAACAUAAAAUCUGCAGUAUUAGAUUCUAGUGGACAAAAGAUUUUUAGCGGUGGGGAUGAUAAAAUUAUUCGGUGAGUCGAUGGAUAUUACAACGGUACCACAAAAAAGUGAAAUUGUCAUUAAAAAAAUGAAAAUAAAAAAAUUCAUAAAAAUGGCAAAUUGAUUUGUAGGUUUUGGGAUAUACGUACAAUGACAGAAUUUAAGAAAAUAGAAACAGGCCACCCAGUCUCUAGUAUGGAGAUAAAUAGAGAUGGAACGAUACUAAUAGUCACAUAUGGUAACGAAGUGUCAUUUUGGGACACCAGCAGGUAUGAUAGUUUUUUCUCAAUAUUCCUGAAUGGUCUGGCCAGUGUACGUAGUUCAAUUAUAACAAAACUUUGAUUGAUAAGGUAUGCAACUACCUGAAAACUAAUGGGAAAUUGAUGCCCCAAAGGGUAUUGGGCUGUCAAUUUCCCCUGCAUAAUGCAAAAUGACUGAAAAACGGCAAACGUCACAAGGCUAUAUUAUCCGCAUUUUACAAAAUUUCGCAACGAAAGUUUGGAAUAUUACUAAUUUUGUGAUGCUCUUUCAAGCUGUGAUGAAAUUUUUGUCUGGACUUGUUUAGAUCAAAAUUUAGUCUAUAAUGCAAAUGGUCCAUUCAGGUAGUUGCAUCCCUAUCAACUGAAGUUUUAUUUUUGCCUUUUAUUUUAUUUAUUGCCUAAACUAACUUUAUUUAUACUACAAGCACUAUCAGAUCUAAUUGUUCACACCAGAGAUCCAGCACUACUCUCGCAUAGGAUGGAGGCAAAAUUACAAUCACACAAUUGCAUAUUACAGGAGGCAAAUGCUAAGAUGAAAAGUGCUUGCUCUCACAAAUGCCCUUAACGCUUUUGCCACUGAAGCCCUUAACUCUUUUGUGUUCAUUUUCUAGUUGUGAGAAGAUCAAAUCAUUUGAAUGUCCAUGCGACAUUUACUCUGCUUCACUUCAUCCUGACAAGUCGUGUUUUGUGGCUGGCGGAGAAGACUUUAGGUUAUUCAAAUUUGACUACGAAACUGGAAAAGAAUUGGGUACAGUAACUUCAAUUCUGAACUAACUUCAAUUCUAGAUACUUAGCUCUAUCAGUUGUAAACUGUUCUUUUAUGGAGGUACAAUAAGUUAUCUCUUAUUGUUCCAGUGUUACUACAGGAGGAAACCUAAACUAAACUAACUUUAUACUGGAUAGCUCUACCAGUUCUAAACUGUUCUUCCUAGAGAUCCAGUAAGGAUAUCUCUUAUUGUUCCAGUGUUACUACAGGAGAAAACCUAAACUAAACUAACUUUAUUUAUACUGGAUAGCUCUAUCAGUUCUAAACUGUUCUUCCUAGAGGUCCAGUAAGGAUCAUCUCUUAUUGUUCCAGUGUUACUACAGGAGAAAACCUAAACUAAACUAACUUUAUUUAUACUGGAUAGCUCUACCAGUUCUAAACUGUUCUUCCUAGAGAUCCAGUAAGGAUCAUCUCUUAUUGAUCCAGUGUUACUACAGGAGGAAACCUAAAUUACUCUAACUUUAUUUAUACUGGAUAGUUCUAUCAGUUCUAAACUGUUCUUCCUAGAGGUCCAGUAAGGAUCAUCUCUUAUUGAUCCAGUGUUACUACACGAGGAAAUCUAAACUAAACUAACUUUAUUUAUACUGGAUAGUUCUAUCAUUUCUAAACUGUUCUCCCUAACCAGUUGAAAUGUAUAUUUCAUUGUAGAAUCAUACAAAGGCCAUUUUGGUCCAGUGCAUUGUGUCCGUUUCUCGCCAGAUGGGGAGCUAUAUGCGUCGGGCUCGGAGGAUGGAACGCUAAGAUUAUGGCAAAACACUGUAGGAAAAACAUAUGGUUUGUGGAAAGCUUUAAAUGGAGAGGAAAAUAACGCUACUGAAAAUGGGAAAGUUUGA